GAGGAAUUCCGUCUCCGAGGUGGAAUGCAGAUCUUUGUGAAGACCCUGACUGGUAAGACCAUCACCCUUGAGGUCGAGCCCAGUGACACCAUUGAGAAUGUCAAGGCAAAGAUCCAGGACAAGGAAGGCAUCCCUCCUGACCAGCAGAGAUUGAUCUUUGCCUGGAAACAGCUGGAAGAUGGGCGCACCUUGUCUGACUACAACAUCCAGAAAGAGUCCACGCUACACCUGGUUCUCCGUCUCCGAGGUGGAAUGCAGAUCUUCUUGAAGACCCUGACCGGUAAGACCAUCACCCUCGAGGUGGAGCCCAGUGACACCAUUGAGAACGUCAAGGCCAAGAUCCAAGACAAGGAAGGCACCCCGCCUGACCAGCAGAGAUUGAUCUUUGCUGGGAAACAGCUGGAAGAUGGGCGCACCCUAUCUGACUACAACAUCCAGAAGGAGUCCACUCUGCACUUGGUCCUGCGCUUGAGGAGGGGUGUCUAAGUUUCCCUCCCCUUUAAGGUUUCAACAAAUCUCAUUGCACUUUUCUUUCAAUAAAGUUGUUGCAUUCCCAAAAAAAAAAAAAA